GUCCGAUUUCCAGCAUGGAAGUGACCGUGGAUGACAUCAUGGUCCACGUCUCAGCCGAGCAGGAGGACGCCUCGCCCGACUACAUGGACAUCAGGGACGGGGACAAACGCAGCCGCUCCUCUUCCUCCUCAUCUUCAUCCUCAUCCUCAUCCUCAUCCAACCGUGAGGACAAGGAGAAAGCCCGAGAGAAGACUGAGGAGGACGAGGAGCUGAAGGCUGCCGUCCAGGAGGCCAAAGCGGAGGAGGCGAUCGGCGCAUCCAGACGCUCCUCAUCCUCCUCCUCUUCGUCCUCCCCGGAGGAGGACAACGCCGAGGACGGGAUGCUGAUGGCCUACAAGCACCAAAAGUCUGACUCCAAAGAGGACGAGGCGGUGAACUACGCCAUCAAGACUCUGGAAAACGUCACCCUGGACCCGAGCGCCCGAGCGCCGGUCGAGCCCGGUCAUCCCGAGAUAUCGCUAUUUGUCAAGGCGGGCAGCGACGGCGAGAGUAUUGGCAACUGUCCGUUCUCUCAGCGCCUCUUCAUGAUCUUGUGGCUCAAAGGCGUCGUCUUCAACGUCACCACCGUGGACCUCAAGAGGAAGCCGGCGGACCUCAACAACCUGGCGCCCGGCACCCAUCCGCCGUUCCUCACCUACGACGGAGACGUCAAGACGGACAUCAACAAGAUCGAAGAGUUCCUCGAGGAAAUGCUGGCGCCGCCCAAGUAUCCCAAAUUGGCAGCCAAGCAGAGAGAGUCCAACACGGCCGGCAACGACAUCUUCGCAAAGUUCUCCGCCUUCAUCAAGAACACCAAAAUGGACGCCAACGACGCCCUGGAAAACGCGCUGACGAGGGCCCUGAAGAAGCUGGACGACUACCUGAACAGUCCGCUGCCUGACGAGAUCGACGCCAACAGCGCGGAGGAGGAAAAGGCGUCCAGAAGAAACUUUCUGGACGGAAACCAGCUGACGCUGGCCGACUGCAACCUGCUGCCCAAACUGCACAUCGUCAAGGUGGUGGCCAAGAAGUACCGGAACUACGACAUCCCCUCGGACAUGACGGCGAUCUGGCGCUACCUGAAGAACGCCGCCGCCCGCGACGAGUUCAACAACACGUGCGCCGCCGACUCCGAGAUCGAGAUGGCCUACAAGGACGUGGCCAAGAGGCUCGCCAAGUAG